UCGCGCUGUUCAUUCUCACUUGCGGUUAUUCUUAUUGUUGAAUAUCAAUAUUUGUUAUUUCAUGUUGAUUUUCUGUUUCUAAUCCAUUCGCUCUUUUGUAUUUUAAGCACUCAUCUAAUUAAAGCAAAUAGCAAUAGCACUUCUCAACAAACGCUUUUUACGACAUUUCAACGAACUUGUACACUGGAUUGCCUUUUGGACAAACUGACUAUAAAACAUCCAUUAUAUGUUUAGCGCUUCAGUCAAUUAAGGAUGGCCGAAACUGAAAACCAUGGUGCUUUUCAUACUGAAUCUUACUUGCAGGAACUCAUAGGUCGUCCGUUUAGGGAUAUUAAAGCGGAAAAAGAACAAUUGAGAAGAAGAGCAGAGAUUUUGGAUCAAGAAAAGCUUUCUUAUUUACAGUCCAAUUACAAAACGCUGGUUGAAUUAGCAGAAAGUCAAGCUGCUACAAAGGAGCUGUUGAGUAAAACUCAAGACAUUUCCAAGAAUAUUUACGGUAAAAGAGAUGAGUUACAUAAUUCCACCUCUCAAAAUCAAGACUUUUUGUCCUCGAUUUCAUCACAUUAUCAACAAGCCUUACUCAUGCACCGAAUGCAGCCACAGGUAUCAAGUGUUUUGAGAAUUCCUGAGUUAAUGGAUUCUUGUAUUCGCAACGAAUAUUUUUCUGAAGCCUUAGAAUUUCAAGGGCUGGCUAAUCGUUUACGAGAUAGAUUUAUUUCAAAUGCAGUCAUACAGGAUCUGGUAUAUCAAGUCGAGGGAUUGUCUGAAAAGUUGUCUGCAAAAUUCUUGCUCCAACUUCAAAAACCUUUAAAGCAGUAUUCCCUUAUCAAAAUAGUAACAUAUCUUCGUGUAACUAGCAAGCUUUCAGAGGCGGAAAUCAAAUACAUUUUUCUUUUUUACGCUUGGCAGCAAUUGCAAACGAGUUUAAAAAAUCUGAUUCCCUUGCUCGAUUAUAAUAAUCCGGAACUUUAUUUGAAAAGAUACUUACAAGUGAUUCGUGAUCGCGCUUUUUCUUUGCUAUUUCAAUACCAAAGCGUAUUCUAUGAGUCUAACACAUUGUUUACUGAUUCAGUAAGCUCGACUAUUGAUGGUGUUAAUUUUUCUUCUAAUGAUGCCCCUACUCUUCCUGGACUGGAUCAUGAAAGUUUGCAAAGCUUCAGUCAGAAUAUCCUUACUUUUUUUGUACAUAAAAUAGUGAAAGAGAUAUGUUAUGUCGUAGAAACUUUUUUCCCUAGAAUCCAUGAAACGACUACACGUUCUUCUUUACUUUUACAGUUGUAUUAUUGCAACCAAAGUUUAGCUAAGGUGGGAACUGACAUGACCAUUCAUCUUUAUAGGAUUCUCGGAAAGGAAUGGCUUAAUAUGCUGAUAUCGCAAGCUGAAGAGAAACCACUUUGAUUUUCUACUUUCUUUUACCAAAUACUUUUUUAUUUUAGACUAUUCAUGAUUAUUUAUGCGUUGUUAAUACAUCUACACAUUUUCGGCGAAGAUUAUCUAAUCUCCC